CGCUGGGAAGAGAAAUCGAUUCCGUCUACUCAGAACAAUGAUUCGUGGAACGAUUUGUGGAGUCCAUCUAAGUUUCCUCGUAACUGCUCGGCCAUCUUUGGAAAGAAACACCCACUGUAUAUAAGUCGACUGAAGUAAAACAUUGCAAGUUGUUGCCCUGUACUUCUUGGCCAGAGGUAAGUGCCUAAGAGGAGCCAAACUAUUCCAUCAUGAUUGGAGGUCUGUUCAUCUACAACCAUAAGGGAGAGGUGCUCAUCUCUCGAGUAUUUCGGGAUGACAUUGGCCGCAACGCAGUGGAUGCGUUUCGUGUGAACGUCAUUCAUGCCCGCCAGCAGGUGAGAUCGCCUGUGACCAACAUCGCUCGCACAAGUUUCUUCCAUAUCAAGCGCGGAAACAUUUGGUUAGCAGCAGUGACCAAACAGAAUGGCAAUGCAGCCAUGGUGUUCGAGUUUCUUCUAAAGAUGGUGGAAGUGAUGCAGUCGUAUUUUGGGAAAAUAUCGGAAGACAACAUAAAGAACAACUUCGUCUUGAUAUACGAACUGCUAGAUGAGAUUUUGGACUUUGGCUAUGCACAGAACACAGAUGUAGGAAUACUGAAGACUUUCAUUACUCAGCAAGGCAUCAAGGGCACGCAGUCGAAGGAGGAGCAGGCGCAGAUCACGUCACAGGUGACAGGCCAGAUCGCUCACCGGCGCGAGGGCAUCAAGUAUCGCCGAAACGAACUGUUCGUCGACGCGCUGGAGUAUGUUAACCUGCUGAUGUCCCCGCAAGGCCAAAUCUUGAGUGCGCAUGUAGCAGGAAAAGUGGUAAUGAAGAGUUAUCUUAGUGGAAUGCCAGAAUGCAAAUUUGGCAUUAAUGACAAAAUAGUGCUGGACAAUAAGGGCAAGACUACAACGGAUGAUCCCAGUCGAAGUGGGAAAAUGUCGAUAGCCAUAGAUGACUGCCAGUUCCACCAGUGUGUGAAGCUAAGUAAGUUUGAGAGUGAGCAUAGUAUCAGCUUUAUUCCACCAGAUGGAGAAUUUGAACUCAUGAGGUAUCGCACGACUAAGGAUAUCAGCCUUCCAUUCCGCAUCAUCCCCUUGGUGCGAGAGGUCGGAAGAACAAAGAUGGAGGUGAAGGUUGUCCUGAAGUCCAACUUCAAGCCGACUCUUCUGGCACAGAAAAUUGAGGUUCGCAUUCCAACCCCAUUAAACACUAGUGGAGUUCAGCUGAUAUGUAUGAAGGGAAAGGCCAAGUACAAGUCUAGUGAGAAUGCCAUCGUCUGGAAGAUAAAACGCAUGGGUGGCAUGAAGGAAUCGCAGAUAAGUGCAGAGAUUGAGCUACUGCAAACGAAUGACAAGAAGAAAUGGACACGGCCUCCAAUCUCCAUGAACUUUGAGGUCCCAUUUGCACCCUCAGGACUAAAGGUUCGCUACCUGAAAGUUUUUGAACCGAAACUAAACUACAGUGAUCAUGAUGUUAUCAAGUGGGUACGCUACAUUGGACGAAGUGGACUGUAUGAAACCAGAUGUUGACCAUGCAAUAACUAGUACACACGAGUGGUCGGAGGUAGAAUGUGUGAGUUUGGGAUGUAAGCACACACAUGUCAUAAAAUAACAAAUAGGGAACCGUAAAAAUUGUAGUGCAUUGCAGCCAGUUGAUAAAUUAUCUUGUUAUGACCCUGCAUAGCAAUAGUCAUGCGUUUACAUCAUACGGAGUUACUUGAAUGUUUGUGAUUACAAAAUGUAUGUAGAAAAUUACAAUGUGUUAGGUCAUAUUGGUUGUUUUGUUGACCAAACAUUAAACCUGCAAGAAACCAGCAGGAAUUAUUAAAAGGCUAAAUUGUCAUAACUAGCAGUCACAUUUCGUUAUUAACUAUACUAAAUCGGUCACGUUGCAAAUUCUAUUGAGAGAAGAAAAUUGGAUCUCAAUAUUGCAUUUAUUUAUUAUCGGAUGCAAAUUUCCUGUUAACAUUUAUAGUAAGUAUUUAACCUGAUUUAUGCAAAAUAUACGUUUUCAAGGAAUUGUGGUAUUUUUAAUUGUCUUGCAUUCUGUAUAAACACACAUGGCUGGACAUACCGUCGAAUACUAGUGGUAUUGCUUGGAAAGGAAAUGGCUGAUGGCACGCCAUUCUCUUUAACCCGUAACAGGUAUAGUAGCACUGCCGCAUCCAAAGAGUGCUAUAAAAUGUAGAUUAAAUUAAUGCUAUCAUCAUUACUUGAUAUGUAAGUGAUCAAUCAGAGGUGUAAAAAUAUAAUGACUAAAUGUCCCUCUCGACGAUAUAAAUUUGCGUCGGUGCAUGUUGUAUUUGAAAAAGUUUGGUGUUGCAUGCUUAGCUAGUAAAUAGAUGGCGUGCGGUUGUACAAAAUUCCACAUGGUGUCACCGCAGAUGUUAGUUUUCCGCGAUGAUUGAGAAGCAGUUGUAAGAUUUCUUGGCACGAGACCAUUUUGUUAAUGGGUUGUUUGUUUGAUGACCUCAUUCCGUCUGUCUGGGUGUUUCGAAGAAUAGUUGAUUUGUGAGACCGGUGACGUAUGCAGAUAUUUCAUAAACUCGCAACUCACGAAAUUUUACUUACACCAUUUAGAAGAGCUGAUAAGAAGUUCAGGUUUGAUUAUUCGGGUAAAUGAUACCCUGAUGGGUUUCCCUCAGAUGAUCAUGAUGUUUUGUUGUGCCCAGAAUAUUUACCAGGUCGAAAAUGGACAAAACCCUCUGAUUUUCAUGCACCAAUUUUAGUGCGUUCUAACCUAAGCAUUUUGCUAUGUAAGUUUUUCGCAAUGUGUACGUUUUCCUGUGCCUUGUAGUUAUGUGGACGACAGGUGAAAGUGUCAUGUAUCAUAAGGUAGUAACACUACUUAGCGUGCGUAGGUAGACGAUUGUUGGUGGGCUACCCUGGCAUACCUGUUCGACCAGCAAGCUAGUUUCUGCUGUCCAUCACAGUGAAGGUGUUUAUUGAAAUUUAGAACUUGUUUCGGUGAACAUGCUUCGGCUAGGCAAAAUGUGUGGAUAGACUUUGUGCAUUCCAAUCAAUUAGUGUACCGCUUAUAUGUAGCAUUUCAUGUUGGUGAGAUUAGAAAAAAAUUCUGUUAAAUUCUUUGCAUUUUCGAAAAAUGAUGUAUUUCCCAUACAGACAUACGCGUUCGUAUAUUACGGCAAGUCAAUCAAAUAGUAUCUGUUUGAUAUUACAUUCCUGUCAUUUAGGCUCAUGCUUGACUUACGCUCUUACUCACACUUCUCUUCUAUUGGGCAUGGGCUCAUAUCGCUCUUUACUCGGACUCUAUAUACUGUCGCUGAUCAGUUAUAGGUGACGUUGUCUUGUAGGUAGCAACGUGUAUACAUAAAGAUUAGGAGUUAAUAAACACAAAUUAAAUGUUUA